CUGUACUUUUCUUAAAGACCCUUUUUAAAACUCAAGAUGCCUGCAAGGAGCCUAAAAAAUACUCGGAUCAAAGGGAUCUUUCAGAAACAAGCAAAGAUGAAUAUGGUAAAAAGGAUAAUGGGUCGACCCCGGCAAGAGGAAUGUAGUCCUCAAGAUAACGCUCUGGGAUUAAUGCAUCUACGUCGGCUGUUUACAGAACUGUGUCAUCCUCCUCGGCAUAUGACUCAGAAGGAACAGGAAGAGAAGCUUUACAUGAUGCUUCCAGUUUUUAACAGGGUAUUUGGAAAUGCUCCUCCAAGUACAAUGAUAGAAAAGUUUUCAGAUCUCCUUCAGUUCACAACACAAGUAUCACGAUUAAUGGUAACUGAAAUUCGUCGGAGGGCUUCUAAUAAGUCCACAGAAGCCGCAAGUCGUGCCAUAGUCCAGUUCCUAGAAAUCAAUCAGAGUGAAGAAGCCAGUAGAGGUUGGAUGUUGCUUACUACAAUUAACCUAUUAGCUUCAUCUGGACAGAAAACAGUGGACUGCAUGACGACUAUGUCAGUGCCUUCCACGCUUGUGAAAUGUCUCUAUCUGUUUUUUGACCUUCCACAUGUGCCUGAGGUGGCUGGCGGAGCCCAGAAUGAAUUGCCUCUAGCAGAGCGUAGAGCGCUGUUGCAGAAAGUAUUUGUACAGAUCUUAGUGAAACUGUGCAGUUUUGUGUCCCCAGCGGAAGAGCUUGCUCAGAAAGAUGACCUCCAGCUUCUUUUCAGUGCAAUAACCUCAUGGUGCCCUCCCUAUAACCUGCCUUGGAGGAAGAGUGCAGGGGAAGUACUAAUGACUAUAUCACGUCAUGGCCUUAGUGUCAACGUAGUAAAAUACAUUCACGAAAAGGAAUGCCUAUCAACAUGUGUUCAGAACAUGCAGCAAUCCGACGACCUUUCUCCCUUAGAAAUAGUUGAAAUGUUUGCUGGCCUGUCCUGUUUCCUUAAAGAUUCCAGUGAUGUGUCUCAAACGCUGCUAGAUGAUUUUAGGAUAUGGCAAGGAUAUAAUUUUCUUUUUGAUCUUUUACUCAGGUUAGAACAAGCAAAAGAGGCAGAAUCCAAGGAUGCUUUGAAGGAUUUAGUUAACCUGAUAACCUCAUUAACAACAUAUGGUGUCAAUGAAUUAAAACCAGCUGGUGUUACUACAGGGGCACCUUUCUUACUGCCUGGAUUUGCAGUUCCCCAACCUGCAGGCAAAGGUCACAAUGUGAGGAAUAUCCAGGCCUUCUCAGUCCUACAGAAUGCUUUUCUUAAAGCAAAAACCAGCUAUCUAGCACAAAUUAUUCUUGAUGCCAUUUUGAAUAUAUACAUUGCAGAUAAUGCCAACUAUUUUAUCCUGGAAUCCCAGCACACUUUGUCUCAGUUUGCGGAGAAAAUUUCAAAGCUUCCAGAAGUACAAACAAAAUACUUUGAGAUGCUUGAAUUUGUUGUCUUUAGCUUGAAUUACAUACCUUGCAAAGAACUGAUUAGUGUCAGCAUCCUCUUAAAAUCCAGCACCUCCUACUCUUGUAGCAUUAUUGCAAUGAAGACUCUGCUUAAGUUCACACGGCAUGACUACAUUUUUAAGGAUGUUUUCAGGGAGGUGGGACUUCUGGAAGUGAUGGUGAAUCUUCUGCACAAAUAUGCUGCUCUUUUGAAAGAUCCUACGCAAGCUCUGAAUGAUCAAGGAGACUCAAAAAAUAGCAGUUCAUUUGAAGACCAAAAACAACUUGCUUUGCUGGUUAUGGAGACCUUGACGGUGCUGCUCCAAGGAUCAAACACAAAUGCAGGCAUCUUCAGGGAGUUUGGUGGAGCAAGGUGUGUACAUAACAUAGUAAAAUAUCCACAAUGUAGGCAGCAAGCACUGAUGAUAAUCCAGCAGCUGGUGUUAUCACCAAGUGGUGAUGAUGACAUGGGGACUCUCUUAGGGUUGAUGCACUCCGCUCCACCCACAGAAUUGCAGCUGAAGACUGAUAUACUAAGAGCCCUGCUUUUGGUAUUAAAGGAGAGCCAUCGGACGAGAACAGUUUUCAGGAAAGUUGGUGGAUUUGUAUAUAUCACCUCGUUGCUUGUUGCCAUGGAAAGAUCCUUAUGUUCUCCACCCAAAAAUGGCUGGGAGAAAGUGAACCAGAAUCAAGUGUUCGAGCUGCUCCACACUGUGCUCUGUACCUUGACUGCAGCAAUGCGUUAUGAGCCAGCCAACUCACACUUCUUCAGAACAGAGAUCCAGUAUGAAAAGCUAGCUGAUGCUGUAAGAUUACUUGGCUGCUUCUCAGACUCCAGAAAACUAAGUCCUGUGAAUAUCUUCCCCUCCAAUACCCAGCCGUUUCAAAGACUGUUGGAAGAUGACCUCAUUUCCAUGGAUUCUGUCUCACCCACUUUACGGCACUGCAGCAAGCUCUUUAUUUACCUCUACAAAGUAACUACAGAUUCUUUUGACAGUCGUGCUGAGCAGAUUCCUCCUUGCCUGACAAAUGAGUCUUCUCUCCCCUCUCCUUGGGGCACACCAGCUUUGUCCAGGAAAAGACACGCAUACCAUUCAGUAUCAGCACCUUCAGUAUUCCCUUCCAAAAAUGCUACUGAUGUGAAGUUACACAAAGGAGCUAUACCUCUGCAAAAUUUGGACGCCGUCAUCAUCCAUCCUGGAGCUAUGCUAGCUGUGCUGGAUCUUGUUGUCUCUGUUGGGUCAACUACACAGCCAGAACAUGCACUAGAUCUCCAGCUUGCGGUGGCCAAUAUCUUGCAGUCUCUAGUACAUACAGAAAGAAAUCAACAAGUUAUGUGUGAAGCUGGGCUUCAUGCUCGACUUUUGCAGAAAUGCAGCGCUGCUCUUACUGAUGAGGACCAUUCUUUGCAUCCUCCUCUCCAAAGGAUGUUUGAAAGGUUGGCUUCUCAGGCAUUAGAACCAAUGGUGCUGCGGGAAUUUUUACGUUUGGGAAAUCCUCUGAAUUGUGGAGCCUGGGACAAAAAACUGUUGAAACGGUAUCGUGUACAUAAACCAAGCUCACUCAGUUAUGAGCCAGAGAUGAGAAAUAGUAUGGUGACAUCAAUGGAAGGUCUUGGUACUGACUAUGUGUUCAGCUUACAUGAAGACACCCACUACAGGAUAAGUAAGAGCCUUUUGAAACCAGCAGAAGGAAGCACGGUGCCUCUGACACGAGUAAAGUGUUUGGUUUCUAUGACAACCCCACAUGAUAUUAGACUUCAUGGAUCAUCAGUUACGCCUGCAUUUAUUGAAUUUGACACUUCUCUUGAAGGGUUUGGUUGCCUGUUCUUACCUAGUUUGGCACCUCACAAUGCACCAACCAAUAAUGUUGUUACUACAGGUCUUAUUGAUGGCACUGUAGUCAGUGGAAUUGGAACGGGAGAAAGGCUUUUCCCACCUCCAUCUGGAUUAAGCUAUUCAAGUUGGUUUUGUGUAGAACAUUUCAGUACAGCCCCAAAUUAUCAUCCAGUUAGGUUACUUACAGUUGUAAGGCGGGCAAACAGCUCUGAACAGCACUAUAUAUGUCUUGCUAUCGUCCUUUCAGUAAAAGAUAGAUCGCUUAUUGUUUCAACUAAAGAAGAACUGCUUCAGAACUAUGCUGACGACUUCAGUGAAGAAUCAUCCUGCUAUGAAAUCCUUCCGUGUUGCGCUCGUUUUCGUUGUGGUGACCAUAUAUUGGAAGGCCAGUGGCAUCACAUGGUUCUGGUGAUGAGCAAAGGCAUGCUGAAAAAUAGCACUGCUGCACUUUACAUUGAUGGACAGCUAGUUAAUACUGUAAAGUUUCACUAUAUUCACAGUAGCCCUGGCGGUUCAAGUUGUGCCAAUCCACCAAUAGUUAGUACAGUUUACGCCUAUAUAGGCACACCGCCUGCUCAGCGACAGCUCUCGUCACUCGUUUGGCGGUUGGGACCAACUCAUUUCUUAGAAGAAGUCUUGCCUCCAUCAAGCAUUAGCACAAUUUAUGAACUUGGCCCAAACUAUGUUGGAAGUUUUCAAGCUGUAUAUAUACCUUGUAAAGAUUCCAAAGCAGAAGGAGUCAGUCCGUCUCCAGUGUCGUUAGUACCAGAGGAGAAAGUUUCCUUUGGCCUUUAUGCUCUCUCUGUUUCUUCACUGACAGUGGCAAGAAUUAGAAAAGUUUAUAACAAAUUGGACAGUAAGGCCAUAGCAAAGCAGUUAGCUAUUUCAUCUCAUGAAAAUGCCACUCCAGUGAAACUGCUCCACAAUUCAGGAGGACAUUUAAAUGGACCUGCGCGUACCAUUGGUGCAGCUCUGAUAGGAUAUUUGGGGGUAAGAACAUUUGUCCCUAAGCCUGUUGCAACUACAUUACAGUAUAUUGGUGGAGCUGCUGCUAUUUUGGGUCUAGUAGCUAUGGCAUCGGAUGUAGAAGGACUUUAUGCUGCUGUGAAGGCCCUUGUUUGCGUGGUAAAGAGCAAUCCUCUGGCCAGCAAAGAAAUGGAAAGAAUCAAAGGUUACCAGUUGCUGGCUAUGCUGUUAAAGAAAAAGCGUUGCCUUUUGAACAGCCACAUUCUACAUCUGACCUUUUCUUUAGUGGGUACCGUUGAUAGUGGACACGAAACAUCAAUUAUUCCAAAUUCAACUGCUUUUCAGGACCUGCUUUGUGAUUUUGAGGUUUGGCUUCAUGCCCCCUAUGAACUUCAUCUUUCAUUAUUUGAACAUUUCAUUGAACUUCUUACUGAGUCCAGCGAAGCCGCAAAAAAUGCAAAACUGAUGAGGGAAUUCCAGCUAAUCCCAAAACUCUUGCUGACUCUUCGAGACAUGUCUUUAUCACAGCCAACCAUUGCUGCUAUUAGCAAUGUUUUAAGCUAUUUGCUUCAGGGGUUCCCUAGCAGCAAUGACCUACUCAGGUUUGGACAGUUCAUCUCUUCUACUUUACCUACAUUUGCAGUCUGUGAGAAAUUUGUAGUCAUGGAGAUGAACAAUGAAGAGAAGCUUGACAGUGGAACUGAGGAAGAUUUUGGUGGUCUUGUUUCUGCAAACCUUAUACUUCUGAGAAACAGAUUGUUGGAUAUCCUGCUUAAGCUUAUGUACACAUCUAAAGAAAAAACAAGUGUCAAUUUACAGGCUUGCGAAGAACUGGUCCGGACCCUGGGCUUUGAUUGGGUUGUGCUGUUUAUGGAGGAUCAUCUGCAUCCCGCUACAGUGACUGCAGCCAUGAGGAUUCUGGUGGUUUUGCUGAGCAACCCAGCCAUCCUCAUCAAGUUCAAAGAAGGUCUCAGUGGUGGGGGCUGGCUUGAACAGACCGAUUCUGUAUUGACUAAUAAGAUUGGAACCGUGCUUGGUUUUAAUGUUGGCAGGAGUGCUGGUGGCAGAUCAACUGUCAGGGAAAUUAAUCGGGACGCCUGUCAUUUCCCAGGCUUCCCAGUUCUUCAGUCAUUUCUUCCUAAGCACACAAAUGUGCCUGCGCUCUAUUUCCUUCUCAUGGCACUUUUCCUACAGCAGCCAGUCGCUGAACUGCCUGAAAAUCUGCAGGUCAGCGCACCAGUCCCCAUGAGCCGGGGCAACCAGGGUGGUCAGUUUGACUUAGACUCAAUUUGGACAUUCAUAUUUGGUGUUCCUGCAUCAAGUGGCACUGUGGUUGCUUCAGUUCACAGUGUUUGCACAGAAGCUGCAUUUUUACUCCUGGGAAUGCUUAGGAGCAUGUUAAAUUCACCUUGGCAGUCAGAGGAAGAAGGCUCUUGGCUGCGUGAAUAUCCAGUCACGUUGAUGCAGUUCUUUCGAUACUUGUAUCAUAAUGUUCCAGAUUUAGCUUCAAUGUGGAUGAGCCCAGAUUUUCUUUGUGCGCUGGCAGCUACAGUGUUCCCUUUCAACAUUCGGCCAUAUUCAGAAAUGGUUACUGAUUUAGAUGAUGAUGCCGGAUCUCCAGCAGAAGAGUUCAAAGCAUUUGCCUCUGAUACAGGGAUGAAUCGGAGCCAAUCAGAAUAUUGCAAUGUGGGGUCUAAGACUUAUUUAACCAACCAUCCUGCUAAGAAAUUUGUGUUUGACUUUAUGCGUGUGCUGAUAAUAGAUAAUCUCUGCCUUACACCUGCUAGCAAGCAAACUCCUUUAAUAGAUCUUCUUCUGGAGGCAUCUCCAGAAAGAUCAACAAGGGCACAACAAAAAGAAUUUCAGACUUAUAUUUUGGAUAGUGUUAUGGACCACUUGCUUGCAGCUGAUGUUUUAUUGGGUGAGGAUGCAUCAUUGCCUAUCACAAGUGGAGGAAGCUACCAGGUGCUUGUAAACAAUGUAUUCUAUUUCACACAGCGUGUGGUAGAUAAACUUUGGCAAGGCAUGUUCAACAAGGAAUCGAAGUUGCUUAUAGAUUUCACGAUCCAGUUAAUUGCACAGUCAAAAAGAAGAUCUCAGGGAUUAUCCCUGGAUGCCAUUUAUCACUGCCUGAACAGGACCAUCUUGUACCAGUUCUCAAGGGCACAUAAAACAGUUCCCCAGCAAGUUGCUCUUCUUGAUUCUCUAAGGAUGCUUACGGUGAACCGAAACCUGAUCCUGGGGCCAGGGAAUCAUGACCAAGAGUUCAUCAGCUGUCUGGCUCAUUGCUUGAUUAAUCUUUACGCAGGAAGCAGCGUAGAGGGUUUUGGUCUGGAAGCAGAAGCCCGAAUGACCACAUGGCAUAUCAUGAUACCUUCCGACAUUGAGCCAGAUGGAGUCUACAGUCAAGAUGUUGGUGAAGGUCGCCAGCUUCUCCUUAAAGCUGUAAAUCGUGUGUGGACCGAGUUGAUCUACAGCAAGAAACAGGUUUUGGAGGAGGCUUUCAAAGUAUCCCUUCCGGUCAAUGAUAGAGGCCAUGUGGAUAUUGCAGUUGCAAAGCCCCUGAUUGAAGAAGCCAGUUUAAAAUGUUGGCAGAAUCACUUAGCUCAUGAAAAGAAAUGCAUCAGUAGAGGAGAAGCUUUGAUUCCAGUGACCCAAUCAAAGCUAUCUCGAGUCAGCAGCGGCUUUGGCCUCUCCAAGCUAACUGGAUCAAGAAGAAAUAGAAAAGAAAGUGGACUUAGUAAACAUAAUCUAUCCACACAGGAGAUUUCUCAGUGGAUGUUUACUCACAUUGCUGUGGUUAGAGACUUGGUAGACAUGCAGUAUAAAGAAUAUCAAGAGCGUCAGCAAAAUGCCCUGAAGUAUGUGACAGAAGAGUGGUCUCAAAUUGAAUAUGAGUUAUUACGGGAGAGAGGACUAUGGGGGCCUCCCAUUGGUUCUCACCUGGACAAGUGGAUGCUGGAAAUGACAGAAGGGCCAUGUCGAAUGAGGAAGAAGAUGGUACGAAAUGACAUGUUUUAUGUGCAGUAUCCUUACAUGCCAGAUACUGAACAUGAGACUAAUUUGCUGUCUGACUUCUCAAGUAAGGCUCCGGAGACGUCUGAUGAUGACACUCCACAAAAGAAACCUGCACGAUACCGAAGAGCUAUAAGCUAUGACAGCAAAGAAUAUUACAUGCGCUUGGCUUCUGGAAACCCUGCUGUCUUUCAAGAUACCAUUGAAGAGAGCUCUGAAGGAGAAGCUGCACAGCAAGAGCCCGAGCAUGGCGAAGACACUAUUGCAAGAGUUAAAGGUCUUGUUAAACCACCAUUAAAGCGAUCUCGUUCUGCCCCUGAUGGGGGUGACGAGGAGAAUCAGGAGCAACUGCAGGAUCAGACAGCUGAGAGCAGCUCAAUAGAAGAAGAGGAAAAAACCGAUAACACAACUUUGCUUCGACUGCUUGAAGAAGGGGAGAAGAUACAACACAUGUAUCGUUGUGCCCGGGUUCAAGGACUAGACACCAGUGAGGGGCUUCUUCUCUUUGGUAAAGAGCACUUUUAUGUGAUUGAUGGAUUUACCAUGACUGCCACGCGAGAAAUACGGGACAUUGAGACCCUGCCUCCAAAUAUGCAUGAGCCUAUUAUACCCCGAGGAGCAAGGCAAGGUCCAAGUCAACUCAAAAGAACAUGCAGUAUUUUUGCGUAUGAAGAUAUCAAAGAAGUGCAUAAGAGAAGAUACUUGUUGCAGCCAAUUGCUGUUGAAGUAUUCUCAGGUGAUGGACGCAACUACCUCCUGGCUUUUCAAAAAGGAGUGAGAAAUAAAGUCUAUCAAAGGUUUUUGGCUGUAGUUCCAUCUUUAACUGACAGCUCAGAGUCAGUAUCUGGACAACGACCCAAUACCAGCGUAGAACAAGGAUCUGGCUUGCUGAGCACUCUGGUAGGGGAGAAAUCUGUUACCCAAAGAUGGGAGAGAGGUGAAAUCAGUAAUUUCCAGUACCUGAUGCACUUAAACACUUUGGCGGGUCGAUCCUAUAAUGAUCUUAUGCAGUAUCCUGUCUUUCCAUGGAUCCUUGCAGACUAUGAUUCAGAGGAGUUGGAUCUUAGCAACCCGAAGACGUUUAGAAACUUGGCUAAACCGAUGGGGGCCCAGACUGACGAGAGGUUAGCUCAAUACAAAAAGCGCUACAAGGACUGGGAAGAUCCUAACGGUGAAACCCCAGCUUAUCAUUAUGGCACUCACUAUUCAUCUGCAAUGAUAGUAGCUUCGUAUCUUGUGCGAAUGGAGCCUUUCACACAGAUAUUUUUAAGGCUACAGGGCGGUCACUUUGACUUAGCCGACAGAAUGUUUCACAGUGUGCGGGAAGCGUGGUACUCUGCAUCCAAGCAUAAUAUGGCAGAUGUCAAGGAGCUCAUCCCAGAAUUCUUCUACCUCCCAGAGCUGUUGCUUAAUUCUAACAACUUUGAUCUCGGCUGCAAACAGAAUGGCACCAAACUUGGAGAUGUAAUACUUCCCCCAUGGGCAAAAGGGGAUCCCCGUGAAUUCAUUAGAGUACAUCGAGAGGCUUUAGAGUGUGAUUUUGUGAGUGCACAUCUACAUGAGUGGAUUGAUUUAAUUUUUGGCUAUAAACAGCAAGGGCCAGCUGCAGUCGAAGCUGUAAAUGUUUUCCAUCAUCUCUUCUAUGAGGGGCAAGUGGACAUAUACAACAUCAAUGAUCCAUUGAAAGAAACAGCUACAAUUGGAUUCAUUAAUAAUUUUGGGCAGAUACCUAAACAGUUAUUUAAGAAACCUCACCCACCAAAACGAGUGAGAAGCCGAAUUAACGGAGAAAUAAGUGGAAUUUCUGUCCCUCCUGGUAUUACAAAUGACAAGAUUUUUUUCCACCAUUUAGACAACCUCAAGCCUUCCCUAGCACCAGUAAAGGAACUCAAGGAGCUUGUAGGGCAAAUAGUAUGCACAGACAAAGGAAUUUUGGCUGUAGAAAUGAAUAAAGUUCUCCUUCCACCCACCUGGAAUAAAACCUUUGCUUGGGGGUAUGCAGAUCUCAGCUGUAGGUUAGGAACCUAUGAAUCAGAUAAGGCAGUGAUCGUUUAUGAAUGCUUAUCGGAAUGGGGACAAGUUCUCUGUGCCAUCUGUCCAAACCCUAAACUGGUCAUUACUGGAGGCACCAGCACAGUUGUCUGUGUAUGGGAGAUGGGCACUUCCAAGGAAAAGGCCAAAAUGCUCACACUUAAGCAGGCACUGCUUGGCCAUACCGAGACAGUCACAUGUUUAACAGCUUCACUGGCCUAUCACAUCAUUGUGAGUGGGUCAUGUGACCGUACCUGCAUCAUCUGGGAUUUGAAUAAACUUUCCUUUGUAACACAGCUUCGGGGUCAUAGGGCCCCUGUUUCAGCCCUCUGCAUUAAUGAACUGACGGGUGAUAUUGUAUCCUGUGCAGGGACAUACAUUCACGUCUGGAGCAUUAAUGGGAACCCCAUAGUGAGUGUGAAUACUUUCACCGGGCGCAGCCAGCAGAUCCUCUGUUGCUGCAUGUCAGAAAUGAAUGAAUGGGAUACUCAGAAUGUUAUUGUGACUGGGCAUUCGGAUGGAGUGGUCCGAUUCUGGCGGAUGGAGUUUCUACAGGUCCCAGAAACUCCAGCUCCUGAACCUGUGGAGGUACUUGAAAUGCAGGAAGAGUGUCCAGAACCACAAAUAGAAGGGCAGGAAGGUCCCGAUGAAGACAGCAGUGAUUCUGAAGCCGAGGACCAGGCCCCUGCUCAGGAGGCAAAGCUGCCUGAGAGCCAGGCCCAGCAGGGCAAUGCCAGUCACAGGCCUCGAUCAUCCUCAGCUCGAGCAGCAGCCGCGUGGUCCGUAGACACCAGCUCUGAUGACUCGAGGCGUUGGUCUGACCAGCUAAGCUUAGAUGAAAAAGAUGGCUUCAUUUUUGUGAACUAUUCUGAAGGACAAGCAAAGGGAUAUUCUCAUGCUCCAGCAAACCAUCCAAAUGCUAACCAAGGGGAGUUACGGCAUUACAGCAAACUCAAACCAGGCUACAGAUGGGAGAGGCAGCUAGUAUUCAGGAGCAAAUUAACUAUGCACACCGCCUUUGAUCGCAAGGACAACGCACAUCCUGCAGAAAUCACAGCACUGGCCAUCUCCAAAGAUCACAGCAGGAUUCUUGUAGGUGACAGCAGAGGCCGAGUGUUUAGCUGGUCUGUGAGUGACCAACCCGGCCGCUCUGCAGCAGACCACUGGGUGAAAGAUGAGGGAGGAGACAGCUGCUCCAGCUGCUCGGUCCGGUUUUCUCUUACGGAAAGGCGUCACCAUUGCAGGAACUGUGGACAACUCUUCUGUCAGAAGUGCAGCCGUUUUCAGUCUGAAAUCAAGCGGUUGAAAAUCUCCUCCCCAGUACGGGUUUGCCAGAACUGUUACUACAAUUUGCAGCAUGAGCGAGGCCCGGAGGAAGGAUCCUGGAAUUAACCGAGUCAAGAUCAAUAAUGCAAAUCCGAGACUUCAUAUUGCCGGGCCAGCAAGAACUCAGCAAAUGAAUUAAUUCCAGGAAUGUGCAGCACAUGAAAAGGGAUUGCAGCAUUUGCCCUUCCUGUGUCAUCUUCGUACUAAAGCACUGCAGGCAAAAGGGAUCAUUAAUUAUGUUGGGCGUUCCUUUGCAGAAAUGGAGCUGGAAACUUUCACCUAAUCAGCAAGGAUCCGGGGGAGGGGUGUGGUCGCCACAACUGCAUUAAGGGCCCUCAAGACCCUCCCUCUUCUCCACCAAGAAGAUGCAUCAUUAACCAUCUCUUGUUCCCUCUUGAUUUUGUAGUUAGUCACCUUAUUUAGGUUGCAAGAAGCAGAAGGCUUUUUAGAAGAUAGUUGUAAAUUUGCCUUCUUUGCUAGCAAAACUGUGGAUAUUGUAAAUAGAUAAAAUGGCCUUUUUAUCAAAAUACGAACUGAACUGCCUGUUACAUGGGACUUCAGACCACUAUACUUUGCAUCUCUUCUUUAGCUCAUCUACUUAAACAUGAUUUUUUUAAAAAAAGAAAAGAAAAAAAAAGAAAAAGCAUCAAGAGGCAUUAUCUGUAUUUUUUUUUCUUUACUAUUCCAGCUGCAUGAUUCUUUCAGUUAUUCGCAUUAUCUUAACUUAAGCCAAACUACUUUGAAGAGUGGGAGGGGGAAACAGUCCUUUUCUCUGGGGCACUAGGACUUCAGAUAUUUUAUUCUCAACUGUAAGAUAACCAAAAACGCCCCCAAUUUUCGUUGCAUUUUAAUACAGCUAUUUAGAAUCUGUCUUCAUAUUUAAUAAGGUCUGUUUUUAUACACUGUGGGCCUUGCUGCUUGCUCAUUCUUUACCAUUGUAAGUACUCAGCUAAUCCAGAUAUGGCAAAGGCAAGUCUUACUUAAGACAGUAGUAAAUGGCUUGCAUGAAAAUCAGAUUUAAUUCUUUUUGUUUUGUUUUUCCAAAGAAAACAAAUGGACCAUUGUUUUUCUCUUAGAUAUUUUUUGCAAAAUGGACUUGGAAACUUUGUCCUUUCAACUGAACAAUGCUUAGAGGGGCCCCAAAGAAUUGCAAAAUUAAAUUCAGACUUGCUCCUUUACUUAGGGGUUGGGCCUGAUGUUGCACCCAAUUUUAGGUCAACUUCAUCAUUCAUUGGUUCACUUAGGGGACAUAAAUUCAACUCUUUUAUAUGUUAGCAUUUAUGAUACAGUGAAAAUUAUACAGAUCCAAUCAGACAACAUCUCUGCGCAGUGAGGCUUUGAAAUGUGUUUUAUUUUCCUUUUUUCCAUGUACUGUUUUUUAUUUUGUUUUUUUGUAAAUGGGUGAUGAGAUUAUCGUUACUGCCUUUUAACUGUGGUAAGGCAGAAACAGAAAAAAACUCAAAAAGAACAUGGCACAUCAUGGAAUGGAAUGGAAUGGAAUGGAAUGGA